UCCGUUAUCGGAUCAGAUUUACAAUCGCCAUCAUGGCAGACGAAUUCGGCGAUUGUUCGCAAGAAGAUAUAAAAGAUUUAUUUGAGGGUGCAUCGAAGUACCUGCGACAUGUUGCUGGAUCUCAGAGUGGCGAUAAUCUAUUAUAUUUUUAUGCCCGAUACAAACAGGCAACAGAAGGGCAAUGUAAUACCAAAAAGCCAGGGAUGUUUGAUUUUCAAGGCAAACAGAAAUGGGAAGCGUGGAAGAAACUUGGAGACAAGCCUAGAGAAAUUGCCAUGUUGGAAUAUAUUUCACAUAUGACUUCACUUUACCCAGGAUGGGAAGCAGAGAUGGACACCAUUGAUGAUAAGCAACCUACUGGUGGACCAUCCUGGGUAUCAGUGAGCACCAUGUCUAACACAGACCCAGAGUUAGACAAUCAAAACAAGACAGUGUUUGAUUGGUGUAAAGAGGGAGACAUUAACCAAAUGUCUAGAAUACUGCAAAGUGAAAAUAUUGACAUCAAUGGGCUCGAUGAUGCAGGAAUGGCCUUACUGCACUGGGCUUGUGACAGAGGUUUAAGUGAAAUGGUAGAAUGUCUACUGAAUAAAAAGGCAAAUAUUGAUAUCCAGGAUGAAGACAAACAGACUCCACUUCAUUAUGCUGUUAGUUGUGAACAUCCAAAGGUUGUACAGAUAUUGUUAUCACAUGGUGCCAACAGGUCACUGAAAGACAGUGAUGGACUUUCACCGUCAGAGCUAGAGACUUCAGAAGAGAUUAAGACGCUACUUGGAAGAACUUGAUAUGAGCUACAUUCACAUGGCAUUAUUAUAUUACAAGUCAAUAUAUAUAGAAACAAUCUGUUGUUAUUGUUAAUUAUUUUCAUUAAAUGUUUUAUUUAUUUUUAUUUGCAACUAUGGAUAAGAUGCAUAAUAUUUUAUGGUGACUUAUAGCCAUAAUGCAGUUUUAUGUAGAAAGAUUGAAGCUAGCCAGAGGUUGCUAAGAGGAGAAGGUUUGAGUUUCUGCAGGUUCAGGGAGGGUAUGAAAUGGGGAACAGAUUGCAUUAUCUGUAUAUUAUGUUCUUAUUUUGCUGUGAUAUUGAAGUCAUUAUUUCAACAUAAUUGUUACAUUUCAUUCAAUUAAACUUGCUAACUGACA